UCAUCUAUCGCCGUCGUACGUCAUCCGUCGACGUUGUUACACUUGCCAUGUUCGUUAACCAUCGUUGCCAUUAACGUUCCGUCGCACUCUACCGCUAUCACUGCUACCUGUCACGAGGCUUGACGAGUUCGUGGAAAAGAUAGACAAACGGAGAGAAAGAGAAACGAAAAUAAAAGGUCGAAUCGUGAGAUAGAGAGAGAGAGAGAGAGAGAGAGUGAUCGACAUCGAGCGAAGGGAUCACACAGGGAGAACGGGUGAAAAAUCGUGGCCUCGCGUCACGCGAAAACCACGCGCUAAGUUUCGUGUUACUUAUUCUCUUUUAACUUUUAAGAGUGAAUCUCACCCUGAAGAGUAUAUAAGAUCUCACUCUUUAAAAAUUGAAAAUCGAGCUACUCUUCUGUUCAAGACUGCCCAAUUUUUAUUCUUUACAGUGGAAAUGUACUUUCGAAAAAUUUGGAGAAGUACGCGCGCGUUUUCAGAUCGGACGAUGUUUCGACCCCGUGAUUCGUGCUCGUAUGUUUAUUUCGUUCGAUCGGUUUAUCCGUUGUUCUGCCCUUCAGCGGAGCUGUCACGACACGCGUGAAGUGGCGAAGGACUCUCUCUCUCUCUCUCUCUCUCUCUCUCUCUCUCUAUCUCUCUCUAUCUAUCUCUGUCUCUCUCGGCGUCUCUGCGGAGCGCGCGUCGCCGCACCGUUCAAACUACAGUGGAGACACGUGAAAACACGCGCUCUGACAGCUUGCGCUACGGCUACGGCGCGUGCACGUCACGUUCGUGGUCCGCGCGCGCGUUUCUGACAGCUGCGAUUAUAAAUCGGCGCGGCGACCUUGCGCGGCCCCGAAAAGUCUUGGCAGCCGCUUUCGAAUCUCGCGGUCGGUCCUGUGCAUUCGUUAAGCCGUGACGUGCACGCGCGUUCGAAAUAGUUUGGCUUCCUCUACGCAACAACGAAGGAAAGGCCUGGCUCGAAGUCGAGGGAAAGAAAGAGAGAGAGAGAGAGAGAGAGAGAGAGAGAGAGAGAGAGAGAGAGGGAGAGAAUGGAAAAAGCGAUAUCAAAGACGUACGCUUUUGGCACGGUGGUCCUCGCGCGUGCCGCGACGUGCCGCGACACACGUGACAGUGAAACAGUGCAACGCGUACCGCGCGAACGGCGAACGACGCACUCAGAGCCGCGAGGAAACGGCGAGGACGCGGAGCGACUCGCGUCGUUUCGUCUGUCGUCUGUCGUCUGUCGUCGCGCUGCCUCUCGAAGUCGAAUCGACUCGAGUCGUCGACAUUUCGUCUUGAGACGUAUCGCGGAGAGGGAGUGAGGUCGAGAGAAGGAAAUCAGCUGCGUUUAUUAGCGCUCAGCUGUGAUAAGUCCGAGCGCGAGUUUGCGACGAAAAGAGAAGGAAGGAGGAAGCCAAUGAAUCUUAAAGAGAACGUCACGAGAAAGGAUGUCUGGAAAACCCGUCGAAAGACCUGCACCUGAGUAGCAGAUGAAUGGUUGCGGGGUGCAGUUCAGACAUGGGAAGUGAGCAUUACUGCCUGAGGUGGAACAAUCAUCAGAGCAACUUGCUGGGUGUGUUCAGUCAACUGCUGGAGUCGGAGUCGCUGGUGGACGUGACACUGGCGUGCACGGAGGGACCGUCGAUACGCGCACACAAGGUAGUCCUCUCCGCGUGCUCCAGUUACUUCCAGGCCCUGUUCCUCGACCAUCCGAACCGUCACCCCAUCGUUAUCCUAAAGGACGUACGUUUCGCCGAGCUACGUACCCUCGUCGACUUCAUGUACAAAGGCGAGGUAAACGUCGAGUACUGCCAGCUAUCGGCCCUCCUCAAGACAGCGGAGAGCCUCAAGGUUAAGGGUCUAGCGGACAUGACGAACAUCAACGCAGCGGUAGCAUCCAGGGAAGAACAGCAACAACAGCAGCAACAACAACAACAGCAGCAGCAGCAGCAACAGCAGCAGCAGCAACAGCAGCAACAGCAACAGCAGCAAUCCAGCAGCAUCGUGCAGAGCACCCCUAGCGAAACCACAGAGGCGGUGGACAUGACGGAUUGUCCGCCGUCGCCCACGGGGCCCGGUAGCCCGUGCCCGGGACCGCUGGCCCUUGAUCGACCCAGGAGGGACUCCGAAGACGCGGGCAGCCUCGAAGAAACGAGGGCCGGCUCUCUCAGCCCGAUCUCGGUGCACAGCGGACCAUCCGACAUGAGCCUCAGCAACAACACCGGCGGCGCGCCCGGUGGCGUGCUGCCGUUGAAUCUGCCGCAGAGCCGGCUUCCGUCCCCGCACAGUACCGAGCCUCUCGCCGGCCCUUCGGGCUUACCCCCGGUUCAACAAGUUCCGCUAUCCUUGAAAAAAGAAAUGGACUGGGAAAGAUCGACCGAGGAGCGCAGCGCGAGCAGCGAAAUAUCCGCAGACUACAGACUCCCGCCAGAUCCGGAGUUGAUGGGUGUGGAUGAGCGGGUGUUUGCGUGCAUGUACUGCGGUGCCUCGUUCCUCCACCAGAGCAAGCUGACGCGGCACAUCCUCUCGCACAGCCUCGAGUCGCUCAAGUACCGCGAGCAGGCGGCCCACCUGCAGCUGCAGGCUCAGCUGGGCCUCGAACCCGGCAUGCACCUGCCGCCGGAGGCCCACUACCCCGCUGCGGGUACGAUUGAGCCGAUGGACUUCGAACUCGCGGCCCACUCGGACCCGACCUCCGGCGUCGUCCUCUGCAAGUUCUGCGGCAAGUCUUUUCCGGACGUUGGCUCGUUGAUUGCCCACCUACCGGCGCAUACCGGUGACCGGCCGUUCAAGUGCGAGUUCUGCGGUAAAGCGUUCAAGCUGCGCCACCAUAUGAAGGACCACUGUCGUGUGCAUACUGGCGAACGGCCGUUCCGGUGUACGCUGUGCGGCAAGACCUUUUCGAGGUCGACGAUACUCAAGGCCCACGAAAAGACACAUUAUCCGAAAUAUGUGCGCAAGUUCCUGUCCCCGAAGUUAAUCACAAUCUUCGGUAUCGAGGAAUCGCACAGUUCGCACAAUCGAGAUGCUCGGGUCUCGCUCGCCCUCGGACUGGACGCGGGUGGAUGGGGCGCCCUGGUGGAGCGGACGAGCGCCCACGGAGGCACCGGCAGCACCAUCCUCGGGCACGGCGGUUUCACCGGGCUAGCCGGACUAGUGCGUCGCUGUGGCGUCUGCCUGGCGACGUUCCCGUCGCCGUGGCUGCUGGAGCGGGCCGCCUUGGUGCAACUAUCGCUAUCGGUCCGCCUACGUCAAACAUCGCGAGCAGAACCAUCGCGCGCGGCUGCCAGCUGA